AGCGCAAUUUUGAACGAUAAGAGAACUUGCGGUGUUUUAUAAAUGUUAAAUGCGUGAGUAAAUUGUGACUACAUAUUUGUGUUCAUGCGUUAUUAAAUAUAAAUAAAUAAAUGGUUAUAAAAUCUUUGACGUUCAACAUAAGUUCAGUUAUUUGAUUGCAGAGUAGUUUUAAAAUUAACAAAACUAAUCUGAUAAAUUGUCUCAUUAAAAAUAAUUUUGUAGUUCAUUAAUAUGUCGUUGUCCAAAACGACAAACACGUACAAUCGACAAAAUUGGGAAGAUUCUGAUUUUCCAAUAGUAUGUGAAACAUGCCUAGGCGAUAGCCCAUAUUUACGAAUGACAAAAGAAAAAUAUGGGAAAGAAUGUGAAGUUUGUGCAAGACCAUUUACUGUUUUCCGUUGGUGUCCAGGGGCAAGAAUGCGUUUUAAGAAAACAGAAAUCUGUCAAACGUGUGCACGUCUUAGAAAUGCUUGUCAGACAUGCCUCUUAGAUCUUGAAUAUGGAUUACCUUUACAAGUUCGCGAUGCAGCUUUGAAGAUUAAAGAACAGAUUCCAAAAUCAGAUGUUAAUAAAGAAUAUUUUGUUCAAAAUAUGGAAGCUGAAUUGGCUAAAAUGGAUGAAGCUGGGGGGAAAUGUCAAAGUGCUAGUGAUGUAUUAGCAAAAAUGGCUCGUAAAGCUCCAUAUUAUGAAAGAAAUAGGCCUCAUAUAUGUUCAUUUUGGGUUAAAGGUGAAUGUAGAAGAGGAGAAGAAUGUCCAUAUCGUCAUGAAAGGCCUACUGAUCCUGAAGAUCCACUAUCUAAUCAAAACUUUAAAGAUAGAUACUAUGGUGUCAAUGAUCCAGUUGCUGAAAAAAUGAUGAAUAGAGCAAGUGAAAUGCCAAAACUUGAAAAACCAGAAGACCAAACUAUUACAACAUUGUAUGUUGGAAAUCUUAAUGAUAUUACUACGGAAAAAGAUUUGAGGGAUGUAUUUUACCAGUAUGGUGAAAUACGAAGCAUUACUCAUGUAGCUCACCAAAAUUGUGCUUUCAUCCAGUAUACAACACGUGCUGCUGCAGAAAUAGCUGCUGAAAGUACUUAUAGUCGUUUGACUUUAGGAGGGCAUAAAUUAAAUGUAAGGUGGGGGCAUGCUCAAGCUCGUAAAGAUAAAGAUGCAGUCACUUUAAGUGCUAUUAAAGAUUCUAAAAUAAAACCAGCACCUGGUUUACCAGCUCCAUUACCUCCACUACCUUCUGAAUUACAGAACAAUUUUUUCAACAUUACUCCUCAGUCGGUACCUGUUGUUGCAACAACCCCUUAUUUACCGGUUAUGCCUCCAUUACCUCAUCCUGGUAUGCAUUAUAUGUCAUCUACUCCACAUUACCCUCCUGGUAGCAGUAAAUAAUUUUUAUUUUUUUAAUUAAUUAUAUAUUGUUUGUAAAAUGUGAAAUAUAAUUUCAUCAUUAAAAUUAAAAAUUGUAAAUGAAAUAUAACAUACUUUUUUAUGAUUAAAA